AGGUGGAGGCGGAGGGAGGCGGCGGCGGCGGCGGCGGCGAAGGAGGCGGCGGCGGCGGAGGGGGGAAGAUGGCGGCGCCCGUCCUGCUGAGAGUGUCGGUGCCGCGUUGGGAGCGGGUGGCCCGGUAUGCAGUGUGCGCCGCCGGGAUCCUGCUCUCCAUCUACGCCUACCACGUGGAGCGGGAGAAGGAGCGGGACCCCGAGCACCGGGCCCUCUGCGACCUGGGGCCCUGGGUGAAGUGCUCUGCCGCCCUUGCCUCCAGAUGGGGUCGAGGAUUUGGUCUUUUGGGUUCCAUUUUUGGAAAGGAUGGUGUAUUAAACCAGCCAAACAGUGUCUUUGGACUUAUAUUUUAUAUACUACAGUUAUUACUUGGCCUGACAGCAAGUGCAGUUGCAGCUUUAAUCCUCAUGACAUCCUCCAUCAUGUCUGUAGUGGGGUCUUUGUACCUGGCCUACAUCCUGUACUUUGUGCUGAAGGAGUUUUGCAUAAUCUGCGUCAUCACAUACGUGCUGAACUUCAUUCUUCUUAUCAUCAACUACAAACGACUAGUUUACUUGAAUGAGGCCUGGAAACGGCAACUGCAGCCCAAGCAGGACUAACCACCUGACGAACUCUUAACUGACAGUCUGAAGUCCCUUUUUCCAUUAAGUUUAUUUUGCAGCAGUUUGGUUGGUUUUUUUUUUUUUUUUUUUUUUUAUUUCUUCACAACAGACACUUUCCCUAAGAAUCUUAAACUGAUUUUUUAAAAUCCUGUAAAUUAGAAGGGGCUCUAGCUAUUUUCUGUGUCAAUCUUCAUUUUAAAUAUGGAUACAAAAAAACAAAGAGGAUACGCCGAGCCAAUCAAAGACAAGCUUUAACUUUACUUUGGAGAUGUUUCUGAAAUAAUAAAUGUAGCCCUAGCCUCCUUCCCUCAAUUGUAAUGUGAGCAACCAUUGCUAGUAAUUCUCUAAUGUGUAUAAAUUAAAUUUCAGCUAUAACAAAUGUGAUCAUGACAUGAAAAUAUUUUAGAAUAGUUACUGUAUUAAAUAUUG